AUGACAGAUCCUAAUUUGAAUCAUGAUAGCAUUGAUGCUAUAUUAAAUGAUCAACAUAAUCAUUUACAGAAGCAACAACAACAGCAACAACAACAACAACAAGAACAACAACAACAAUUACCACCCUCACCUCAACAACACAAGAAUUCUCCCUUUCAAAAUAGCAAUCCUCAAAGAAUACCUUAUACAAGCUCUAAUAGUUCAAAUAGUAUUCAUAGAUUAUCGUAUACUAGUUCUUCUUCAAAUUCCACAGCUUCAAGUAGAAAACCAUCUUUAUUAAGAACUAAUUCAUCAAAUAAUCCAAGUUCAGCCCCGGGCAUCAAAAGAAAUUCAAGUGCUAAUAGUGUUGGUAGUAAUUCAUCAUUAUCUAAAAAGUCAACAAAUCAACCGGGAAGUACUGCUGGAAAUCAAGUUAUGAAUAGUAGAGAAGCAAAUGCAAAUAGUACACCACCAGGUAUUAAUAGAUCACAAAGUAGUUCAGCUAUAAAACCAAGAUCUAGAUCUUCAUCCAACCAUCAUACCUCACAAAACUCACAAUAUUUAGCUCAAGAAAAAGCAUACCUCAAGAAACUACGAAAUCAAUUUGUUGAUGAUUAUUAUACAAAAGGUAUCACUGGUGCUAAUGAACCUGUUAAAAAUAUAAAUGAAGAAGAUGAAUCAAGUGCAAAAGAAGAUAAUGGUGAUGAAACAGAUAUAGAAGAUGAAAAUGAAAGUGGUGAUGAAGAAUCAAAUGCGAAUUUUUUAGCUGCAAUUGAUGAUAAUAAAUAUCAAAUUGAUUAUACAAUGGCAUUACAAUUGAUGAAAAAUUCAAAUGUAAACCUUAAAAAAAUUACAAAUCUAAGUACUGAUGAUAAUGAAGAUCCAACAGUGAUUGAAAGAUUAGAAUGGCAAUCAAUGUUAACUUCAGUUUUAACUGGUGAUGUUGUUAAAUCAGAAAAACGUAAAAUUAUAAAUAUCAAUAAUCCAGAUAAUUCACAAGAAAACUUUUUACAUGCUACUUAUAAAGAAAGUUUAUGGUUUGGUAUUAGAGCCAAAAUUCUAAAUAGAACAGAAGAUGAACAAAGAAAAAUUGUACUUUAUAGAAGAACUUUAGUUGAUCAAUUAAUUGAUGAUAUUAUGAAUUUUGAGGUUAGUUAUGAUGAUCCUACAAAUAAUCCAAUUAGAAAUCAAGUUAAAGAUAUUUUAGAUAGAUAUGAUGAUGCUUGUAGUUUAUGGAAAACUUUAGACGUUAUGAGAAAUGAUAAACCAGCAUGUAGAAGUGAAGAAUUUCAAAAUAGAGUAGAUGCAUUAACUUCAUGGUUAUCAAUUACUGAUGCUAUAAAUAGAGAAACUACUUCAUUAAGAUUAUGGAUUGGGAAUGAUGAAUUAGAUAUAACUAAAUCACCAGUUGAAAUGCCUUCAAAAAAUUCAGUCACAUCAAAUAGUAAAAUAGUUAAAAAGAUAUUUGAUGAAGAUAACAAAUCAUUAGCUGAAAGAUUAAUGAAGGAUAAAGAUGUACAAACUAUCUUUAAAAAGAGAAUUUUCAGACCAAUAUCUCCAUGGAUGAUAAAAUCAAAAGAUACAUAUAUUAGACUAGGUCACGUUUUUGAAACAAUGAAAUUACCUGAUUAUUUACAUGAUUUAAUUCAAAUUUGUGUUAUACCUAUGAAAUUAAUUAAAGAAAUUAUUAUAGUUAGGUUAAGUUAUGCGGUAAAAUUACAAAAUCCAACAUUAAUGAUGAUUGACCAAAUGUUGGAAGAUUUUAAAUCAUAUAUUACAAUUGCAUUAGAAGUUAAACUGGGUAUUUCAGAAUAUAGAAAACCAGAUGUUUCUAGAAAUUGGUUAUUAAGUGAUUUGUUCGAUUCCGAAAUUUCAAAUUUUGAUACUGUUAUACUUCGAUGUGUGAGGUAUUUCUUGGUUUUAUUGAAUAAGAAAUUAUUAGAUAGUUCAAAAUAUCCAACCACAUUUAGAACCUUUAAAGAACCAGAAGAAUUAGAAGAAGCUUGGAGUUUUUUAAGUUCAUUAGGUAAUUAUAUUGAAGGUGGUUCUGUUUUAGUAGCUGAAGAAAUUACAUUAUUAACAUCAAGAUUAAUUCAUCGAUUAUUACAAUAUUUUAGCCAUCAAAUUAGAUUAUCUCAUUAUACUGGAGGUAAACAAGAUUUAGCAAGAUGGUAUAGUUCAACUUCAGAUAUUUUUGGUCAAUUACGUCGUAAAUUAGCGAGAUUUACAGGUGAAAUUUCAAGAGAAUUUACAAAUUCAUUAGUUUUUGAAUUACCAUUAAUACAAUCUGUCAAUUUAACAAAGAACUUAUUAGAUGUUUUGAAAUCAACAAAUCAUUUCUUGGUAUAUACAGGCACUGUUGAAACUCAAGGGACUUAUUUUUUUGCAAGUAAUGAAUUAAUGGGUAAAGAACAUGAGAUACUUAAAAUUAUAAAUGGGUCUUACAUUGGUCUUGAUUCAAAAGUUAAAACUCAAGAAUUUUCAGAUUUAUUAAAUUUGAUUCAAUCAAAUACAGAAAGUCAAAUUGAUGAAGAAAUUGAUGAUCCUGCUUUAGAUUAUGCUUAUAUUCUUGCAUUAUGUCCAAUGAAACCAAUUGUAUGGGAAGGUGAAGUUGUUAAUGUUAAUAUUGAUUCAGUUCCAAUUACGGAUUUAAAAAAUGGUCAAUUAUUAGUUAUUUCAAAAUUACCAUAUUAUGAAUUACAUACAGUGAGGGAUAAAUUUUUAGAUGUUGUUGGUGAUGUAUUUAUGAAUGGUAGACUGAUGAAACCUAUUGAACAACGAUGUUCAUUAGCUAAAGUACAUCAAGAAUUGACAAAGACCAAUAGAGUUUUUUUCAGAAUGUGUUUAGCUGUAUUGGAUUCUGUUAAGAUUUUACGUGAGAAAAUUUAUUCAAUUGAUCCAAAAGGUGAAAAUCAAGCAUUGGUCAAUAAUUUUUUCAUUUAUGCACGAGAUUAUGGUAAAAAUUCAAUAAAGAACUUAGAUUCAAAUAGAAAAUCUACAAUAAUUAUGAAAUUAAUACAAUUAUCUAUAGAUUGGGUUAGUUUUAUCUGUGAUGAUUGUAUACCCACUGAUCGUAAAACUUUUAGAUGGUGUGUUUUAGCAUUAGAAUUUGCAAUGGAUAUGACUAGAGGUUUUAAUGUUUUAGUUUUAUCUGAAUCUCAAUUUGAUACAUUAAAAAUCAAAGUUUCAAGAUGUAUGUCAUUAUUAAUUUCACAUUUUGAUAUUAUGGGAGCAAGAUCAAGUGAAGCUGAAAGAAAUAGAUUAUUAAAAUGGACAAGUCAAAGAAAUAAUAUGGAAAAUACAACAAAAGAUGAUGCAUACCUUUACGAAAUUUAUCAAGAAGAAGUUAUGUUACAAAUAGAAGAAAUUGAAGCUUAUAGAAAAGAAUUAAGUCAUGAUUUACAAUCAAUUGGUAAAGUUAUAGAUACAAGUGAUUCAGAAUAUCAAUUUGUUACAUUAUUAGCAUCAAGCUUUAGUUCUGUUUCAAUUAGAUGGCAAAAGGGGAAAUAUAUUGGUGGUGGUACUUUUGGACAAGUAUUUGCUGCUAUUAAUUUAGAUACUGGUGGUAUUAUGGCUGUAAAGGAGAUUCGAUUUCAUGAUUCACAAUCUAUUAAAAGUAUAGUUCCAUUAAUUAAAGAAGAAAUGACAGUUUUGGAAAUGUUAAAUCAUCCCAAUGUUGUACAAUAUUUUGGUGUUGAAGUUCAUCGUGAUAAAGUUUAUAUAUUUAUGGAAUAUUGUGAAGGCGGUUCAUUAAGUGGAUUGUUAACUCAUGGUAGAAUCGAAGAUGAAAUGGUUGUACAAGUUUAUACUUUACAAAUGUUGGAAGGUUUAGCAUAUUUACAUCAAUCUGGUGUUGUACAUCGUGAUAUUAAACCUGAAAAUAUUUUAUUAGAUCAUAAUGGAGUUAUUAAAUUUGUUGAUUUUGGAGCUGCUAAAGUUAUUGCAAAUACUGGACGAACUCGAGCUUCAAUAAAACCAGCAGGUUCAGCUGCACAACUUCAAGAUAAUGGAAGUUUAAAUUCAAUGACUGGUACUCCAAUGUAUAUGUCACCUGAAGUUAUAACAGGUGCAUCAACUGAUAGAAAUGGAGUUGUUGAUAUUUGGUCAUUAGGUUGUUGUGUAUUAGAAAUGGCUACUGGUAGAAGACCAUGGGCUAAUUUAGAUAAUGAAUGGGCAAUAAUGUAUCAUAUUGCAGCUGGUCAUAAACCACAAUUACCAAAUCCCGAUCAAUUAAGUGAACAAGGUAGAAAAUUUUUAUCAAGGUGUUUAGAACAUGAUCCAACUAGAAGACCAAGUGCAGUUGAAUUAUUAAAUGAUCCAUGGAUGGUUUCAAUUCGACAAUUGGCAUUUGGUGGUUCAGAGGUAGGAAGUACUCCAAAUUCAGAAAAUGGAGAUAUAAUAAAUUAA